AUGGCGGAUGCAAAGGCCAAGGGGAAGGGCAAAAGAAGCGGCCAUGGCGACGAGCACAAAGAUGACCCAGCAGAGAGGCCUUCGGCCGAAGUCUUGACAGCGCAGCUUUGCAAGGCAAUCCAUGGCGGCGCCAGCGCAGAAGCCGAAGACCUCUUCAGUCGACUGGACAGCGAGCUCCGUCGUCAGGACUCCGUGCGCCUGCAGAACUACGUGUCGGAGCUGGAAGCGGCUGCUGUGGCCGCAUUGCCUGAUGACUCUGACAGCUCCGGGGACGAAGGCGCAAGCAGAAAACCAUCCUGA